GAAUCAAUUACAGGACAAUGUGAAACUCUCUAUGAUAUUUCGCCCUUGCCUGAAAAUGUUAUCAGAAGUAAACCUGCAUUGGCGCCAAUCCUCAAUAAUUCUCCAAAACUAUUAAAUGUAAUUGAUGUGGUCAAGAUAAGUAAUUUUAGUAAUUGCAAAAGGCACUUAGUUUACCAUAGAGGAAUAAAUGGAAAGAAGAACUGGGAUGCUGGCUUUUCAAAUGUUGCUGAUGUAAUUCAUAGGAAAACAGAGGGAAGACUUAUAAUAAAUGGAACUCUGCAGGACUAUACUAUACAUUCCACCACUAUUGAAGAUAAAAUAUUUGUUGCACCUUCCUUAUAUAAAAAAACAAAAGGAUUGACACUGAGCUGUGUUAAUCUUACUUUAGUACAUAUUGAAAAAUCUGAACUACCACUUUUACUGAACUUUGAAAUUAAUUCAACACUUUCAUUUGAUUAUGAAUAUAAAUCUAAUGGGAACAUUGAUAUUACCAGUGGUUCUUUCAAUAAUGAAAAAGAUAAAGAUUCAGAAAAUAAGAUACGAAGUGCACGGCAUGUAAAUUUUCCAAGAGAAACUGUUACACCACCAAUAGAU